AUGGAAGUUUUGAAGGGUUCUUACAAGCAGAAGUCUUUUCAGUCGCUAAAGGAUCUGGGCCAGCAGGGCUCAUCGGCCGCGCCAGGUGUGCGACCGACGAAGUCGCUGCAGACAAGUCCAAUCGGGUCGUGGACAUCGCUGUCACAUCUACGACUGGAGAAACUCGCUGAGGGUAGUGGUUGGGAGGAACUGCAGGACUACGGGCUGGAGGAGCUAAGGGAUGGGUUCUUUGACGCGUCCUACAGCCGGCCACAGCGCGUAGCGGCUACCGAGCCGCCUGUUAGCACCAGCCCGAAGGCGCAGUCGCCUCUGGCGGUGCGUUGCAAGGCAUUUCGAGACAGGCUACGCGUACAUUGGAAGGCGGUGGUGAAAUUCACUGUUGCGUACCUAGCGGCCAUGUUCCUGUGUCUGGUGCGGCCAGCAUCGGACUGGAUAGGUGAUGUCUACAGUUGUUUUCUGCCGGUUGCCGUGCUGAUACAUCAUCCUGUGCGCACGGUAGGCGUGCAACUCGAGAUUACGGUGCAGUCUAUAGUGGGGCUGGCGCUGGGGCAAGGGUGGAGCGCUCUAUGGUGGUACGUCUGCAGCGUAGCCCGGGUGGGGCGGCAUGAAGGUGCGUUAUUGUUUCUGAGCCUUGUACUUUCUGGACUCUGGAGCUCCUGGCUCGCGGCGGCCUAUGGCAGACUUGUGUACAUGUCAGUAUCGUUUGGGAUAACCGCCACCUUUUUUGCGACCUCCAUGCCUCCUUCCGAAGGAAGCUUACCUAUCUGGCGCCACUUCUGGGAUCAGGGCAUGUCCUACCUCUUUGGGCUGCUGCUGUCGUUGUUGGUGUGUAUCUUCCUAUUCCCAAGGUUUGGUCAUGCAACAAUUGGACGAGGGUUUUCUUCAGCAGCCAACGAUCUUAAGCACUUGCUCGAUUAUCUAGUGGAUGCGAGAUACUGCAAUGACAUCCCAAUGCUGGUGGAAGCUCAGGAGAACGCUGUUUCCGCGAUCGAUGUGCGGUUGUCAGAAGGUUACCGCGAAUUUGCAAACCAGUUCAGUAUAACCAGAUUUGACGGGAAAUUGCUAGAGCAGCUGCGUAAUAGUCUGACGAUUGCCGCUUCGCCAUUGCGUUCGCUGCCACUUGGUCAUGGGCUAUUGACAAAUGUAGAGUUGGAAAGAUUUCAUCAAGCGAGACCUCAAUCUGCCCCGGAAAAUACUAUAUGCGUAAGAGAUGCAGAUGAUCACUAUGAAGAUCAGGCGAUAAAAACCGAAGAGAGUGCCAACCUGGGCUUGGCAUGUGGUUCGACUGACCUGUGCUCUGCUAUCAUUAGGGACAAAUUUUCCGAAACAAUAUUCGACCUUAUAAUGGAACUCAUACAUGCAUUAAACUCUUUGCAGGUGGGAUUAAACAAUAUCUCCGAAUCUAAUGUUUCUGCCAGUGAGAGAGCAGAUAUAAAAGCCAAUAUAUUAGCAUGUCUUUCGAACCUACACGACAGGAUUCGCCGCCUAGAUAUUAAGUACAAGGAAUUUGGGCGUGCUGGACUCUUCACUAGUGAACUGCUACUAAAUCCGAAGUCAUCCGAUGCCCUAGUGUUUCUACGGUACAUCCGACAGUGCGCGAAACACAUGACCAAGGUGCUAGAAGUAUUUCUGCAACUCAAUGCUUCUGUUCACUGGCGGGUUAUCCCACCAAAGUAUCAGUGGCACCGUGCUAUACACAGGCUAUCGCACCAAUGCGCUCUCGAUCAAGGCGCAUCUUUUCUAUGGAAUUAUUUCCAGACUAAAAGGGACGUUGAUGAUGCAUUUGAGAUGAUAUACAAUAGUUACACUUCGAAACAUCAUGAAGUUUCGGACUUAUUCAGUCGCCAGGGAAUGCGGCCGCGGAUCAGGGCUUUUGACCACAAGGACUUUGCGGUCCACUCUACCAGCAACCCAAUUCGGUACAAAUUGUGGCAACUGAAUAAUUCACUACUUGGCCCUGAAAGUAGAUGGGCUCGGAAGUUUACAGUUGUCCUGGUAGCAUUGUGUUUGCCGGGCUGGCUUCCUGGCUCCAAGGUAUGGUAUCGGGAAUAUCACUGCUUAUGGGCGCCUAUAAUAUAUGUCAUAUUGAGCAAUAGACGAAACUCCAGCAACUGGCGGGCGUUGUAUAAGAGGCUCGCAGGUUGUGUUCUCGGAGUAUUCUGGGCUUGGUGCGCUAACCAGGCGAAGCAUUACAGCAACCCGUUUAUCAUCGCUACCUUUUCGGUUUUGUUAUGCAUUCCCCUCGCCUUCAAUUACUUCGCCUACAAUAGGAGGAAGUCUACCCUGGCCGCGCUAAUCUGUUUUACUGUUCCGGCAUUGGUGACAUUCUUCUUAGAGGAGCACACGACCGCAUCCCUCUGGAAACAAGCAUGGACUACCGGAGUAGCACUUUUAAUAGGUACGUUCUGCUCCAUUCCUAUUAACUGGUUUAUAUGGACAUUCACCGCACGCUCUGAACUUUCACUUGCCGUCUCUGGUUUACUCAUGCAUUUGAGUCAAUCUUACCAGAUAGUGGCCGGACGCUAUCUGUAUCGAGACACAGAUGAUCACCCCAACGAUCUCACACGUUCCCUGGCAAGUAUCAGGGAAGUCCGUUUAUCGCAGAGUCUAUUGGCGACUAGAGCGCUAGUGAGAAGUGCAGUGAGCGAGCCUAAUAUCGUUUCCGAGUUCAGGGCUUACCUGUUUGAUGAAUUACUCGACCAUUUCAGUGUAUUACUCGAAAGACUGAUUGAAGCGCGCCGUCUGGGCCAGCACUUCCAAGUCUGGGACAGAGAUCCGAAUACCGAGACCACUCGUGCGCUACUCUCGCUGCGUAGAGAUAACGUCGCUUCAGUCAUCUUCAUAUUCUAUAUGCUUUCAAACUGCUUCAGUUCGGGUAGUAAAGUGCCGAAAUACCUACCAAACCCCAUCUUCGUCCGCAAGAAACUGUUCGACACGUUCAUGAAGCUCGCCGAGGAUGCCUCAGCUCGUGGAACAUCUGCUCACAGCUCGACGCCUGCAGCCCCCAAUAACACCGAUCCUUCUUCGCCCAGUAGCGCGGGUCAGGAUCAUUGGGAUGAGGUAUAUGCAAUAUGCUUUAGUAGGGCGUUUACUGAUAUCAGUGUAGAGCUGCAGCGCAUUAUUGACUUGGCGAAGGAGAUCCUUGGUCAAGAAGGCGACUAA